AUGUCCAAAUGGAGAAAUAAAACUGGUUUUGCAGAAUUUGUUCUCCUGGGACUGAGUGAUGUUCCUGAACUGCAGAUAUUUCUCUUCUUGGCUUUUCUCCUUAUCUACAUGGUGACCAUGACUGGAAACCUUCUGAUACUCAUUCUUAUUGCAUGGGAUCACCAUCUUCACACUCCCAUGUACUUUUUCCUGGGAAAUCUUUCAUGCUUGGAAACUUUCUACAGUUCAUCCAUCCUUCCCAGGAUGCUAGCUAGUUUCUUGACUGGACAAAGGACAAUUCGUCUUUGGGGUUGUUUUUUGCAAUUUUAUCUUUUUGGCUCCCUGGCAGGCUCAGAGUGUUAUUUGUUAGCUGCUAUGUCUUAUGACAGAUAUUUAGCCAUCUGCAAGCCUCUUCAUUAUUCAUCCUUAAUGAAUAAUACACUUUGCAUAUGCAUGAUGAUGGGAUCAUGUCUGAGCUGUUUUCUGCUUAACUCAGUAACAACGUAUUUGAUCACCCAGUUAUCAUUUUGUGGCCCUCAUAUUCUAGACCAUUUCUUUUGUGAUUUCACCCCACUGAUAAAACUUGCCUGUGAUGAUACCCAGCAGAUGGAAUUGUUGGGUUUUGUCAUCUCUUUUGUAAUAGCGGCUGUACCAUUUCUUCUGACCCUGAUGUCAUACAGUUUGAUCAUUUCCAAGAUCCUGAAAAUUCAAACAAACAUUGGGAGACAAAAAGCCUUUUCCACUUGUUCAUCCCACCUCACUGUGGUGAUAAUAUUUUAUGGAACCCUUGUCAUUGUCUACAUGCUUCCUGAAGCUAAAACCCUGAAACAUGUGAACAAAGUUUUUUCUGUCUUUUAUACUGUGUUAACCCCCAUUGUCAAUCCCAUUGUAUACUGUCUGAGAAACAGAGAAGUAAAGAAGUCUCUGAGCAAGCUUACCUGUCAAGUGUUGAGUUUACUCAGAAAUUGGGUGCAAAAGUAA